GAGCGGAAGAGGCUGCUGGAACUCGGCAUUACCGGGCCAGAAGGGCAUGUCCUCAGCCGUCCCGAGGAGGUGGAAGCGGAGGCGGUGUACCGUGCAAUCACCAUCGCGAAACAAGCCAACUGCCCCUUGUACAUCACCAAAAUAAUGAGCAGAGGUGCAGCAGACGUGGUCGCUCAAGCGAAGAGAAAAGGCGCGGUUGUGUACGGCGAGCCCAUUACCGCCAGCCUGGGCACCGACGGGUCACACUACUGGAGUAAAAACUGGGCCAAAGCUGCAGCUUUC